AAAAAAACUCAACCUUUAACCAACAACAUCAUCAACAAUGACCACUACAACUCCAUUAACUAAAAAACUCCAUUUAGCACUUUUACAAUUUGCAGUAUCUAGUGAUAAAUUGGCCAAUUUCCAUAAAGUGGAAUCUCUAGUCUCCAAAGCCGUUAAAGCCCAUCCAAAUCUCGAUUUAAUAGUUCUUCCAGAAUGUUUCAACUCACCAUAUUCAGUUAAACUCUUCAAGAAAUAUGGUGAAGAUAUUCCAAAUGGUGAAACCACCAAAUUCUUAUCCUCCCUGGCAAACAAGUACCAAAUCAACGUUAUAGGAGGUUCAUACCCUGAAGCUCACCACAAUCAAGUCUUCAACACCUCCACCGUCUUCAACAAAUCUGGAGACCUCAUAGCGCAACAUCGCAAGGCCCAUCUCUUCAACAUUGACAUUCCCAACAAGAUCACCUUCCAAGAAUCAAGAGUCCUCAACGCUGGUGACAAGCACACUCAGUUCGCCCUCCCUGGCUUUGGCUCACUGGGACUGGGCAUCUGCUACGACCUACGCUUCCCAGAGCUCGCCAUGAUGGCUGCUCGUCGUGGGGCUUUUGCGAUGGUGUACCCAGGAGCAUUCAACACCAUCACGGGGCCAUUGCACUGGGAAGCUCUGGCCAGGGCGAGGGCCAUUGACAACCAGCUCUACGUUGUGCUGUGCUCUCCAGCGAGGGACUUGAGUGCAAAGUACCAUGCGUAUGGCCAUUCGCUGGUGGUGGAUCCCAUGGGCAAGGUGAUUGUGGAGGCUGGAGAGGGCGAGGAGACCAUUUACUGUGAGCUGGAGCCUGAGCUGAUUGCUGAGACCAGACGGAGCAUUCCUGUUAAUGAACAGAGACGGUUUGACAUUUACAAGGAUGUUGGUGAUGGAGGUGAAAUUGGUGAUGUUGUUUAAUGAAAAAAAACAAAAUAUUACAGAUGGAAUGUAAAUGAGUAUUUUGUAGGAUAAACAUGAGCAUCACAACGGAUUCAAAACGAUCGAUCCAGUCAAUCGUUCCUAAUGCUAAGGAUCAGUAUGAUUAUUUGGCUAAGGUUAUUAUAAUAGGUUCUUCAAAUACAGGGAAAUCUUCAAUUUUACAUCGUUUUAUAAAGAAUGAUUUUAAUGAAAUACUAUCUUCACAAACUAUUGGAGUGGAAUUUAGUUCCAAAAUCAUGAAAACUCAGGAUGAUACUAGUUUUAAAUUACAACUAUGGGAUACUGCUGGUCAGGAAAGAUUUAGAUCUUUAACACGAAGUUAUUAUAGAGGUAGUGCUGGUGUUGUGCUAUGUUUUGAUUUAACAAAUUUU